UUUAUGGACAAUGAUAAGCAUCAUGGAGGUCCUCCACCACCACCAGUAGUUAGAUGGCCUCCACCACCACCUCCCGGAGACCCGCCACCACCACCACCAGAUGCUCCACCACCACCACCAAUUCCUCGGCCACCUCCAGUAGCUGGAAGUCCUCCACCAGUGGAUGGAGGUCCUCCACCGCUGGCUGGAGGUCCGCCACCAGUGGCUGGUGGUCCCCCACGAGUAGCUGGUGGCCUUCCACCAGUUGCUGGUGGUCCUCCACCGCUGGCUGGAGGUCUGCCACUGCUGGCUGGAGGACCUCCAUCGCUGGCUGGAGGUCCGCCACCAGUAGCUGGUGGUCCUCCAUUGCUGGCUGGAGGUCCUCAGCCACAUCCCCCUGCUGCUCCAGCACUCCAUCCAGCUGGAGCUGGAGGUCCUCUUGUUGUUGCUGCUCUGCAAAGGCAGAGGCAGCUCAUCAUAUGGCAGCUACGCCAAAUCAAUAGAGAUAUUGUAAGAUUAUUUUAG